AUUACUGGCCAGACCAUUUGUGUUGAUGGAGGUUUUACUGUCAAUGGAUACAACCCGACAAUUGGCUAGAUGACUGGCUUGGAUUCCUGAAGUAUUAGUAGAGACAAAUCAGGAGCUUCGAGCUUGUUCUAAUAAGUUAACUGCAGAGGGAUUAUCUGAUGUCUGACUCUGGUAGCAGUUGCAGAAACAAACGAUGGUCUCUUACUGGCAUGACUGCUCUUGUUACCGGAGGCUCUAGAGGAAUCGGACAUGUAGUUGUGGAAGAGUUAGCAGGACUAGGGGCUAAGGUUCAUACAUGUGCUAGAAACGAGUCAGAACUCGAAGCUUGCAAACGUGAUUGGGAGGCCAAAGGCUUUCAAGUCAGUUAUUCUGUUUGUGAUGUAACCUCUCGAUCCCAGAGAGUAAAGCUCAUGGAAACUAUCUCCUCUGAGUUCAAUGGCAAAAUAAAUAUUCUGGUAAGCAAUGUUGGGACAUGCCUAUAUAAGCCAACAGUAGAUUUCACAGCAGAAGAUUAUGCAGCUAUAAUGAGCACCAACCUUGAAUCAACUUACCAUAUAUGCCAGCUUGCCUAUCCUCUUCUUAAGGCAUCGGGUUUCGGCAGCAUCAUUCUCAUGUCUUCUGUUGCAGGCGUUGUAGCUGUUGAUGUUGGUACACUUUACAGCACAUUAAAAGGAGCAAUGAACCAAUUAGCAAAGAGUUUAGCAUGUGAGUGGGCAAAGGAUAAUAUCAGAAUCAAUUCUGUUGCACCUUGGUACAUCCGUACUCCUCUUACUGAAGAGACCCUUAAUGACAAAAAAUAUUUGGAAGGAGUAUUAGGAAGAACUCUUGGAAGAACAAGGUAGAUGGAAGAAGUGUCUGCCCUAGUGGCAUUCUUAUGCAUGCCUGCUGCUUCUUACAUUACUGGCCGACAA